AUGGCUGGGAUUUGCUGUGGAGUUGUUGGUGAAGGUGAAACUUCUACUCCUCUUGAACCACCAUCUCGUCCUUCCAGGCGCCGAAGUAUGGACAUCUUGCCCUUGAAGUACAUCGCUGACAUGGCCGUGCCCGAGUCUUCUCGGAAGAGCCCCAAGCUCGAUCUUACCGACCACGAGAAUCAACUUCAAACUCGUCAGGAAUCCUCCGGAACCAAGGUUAUGACGAAGGAUUCCGAAUUCGUCAACGAAGAAGACGACGACGUUUCCGACUCUAAGUCCCUCACAGAUGAUGACUCUUCCGAAGAUGAAGAGUGUCCCAAGUUCGGCGUCACCUCCGUCUGCGGUAGGAGGAGGGACAUGGAGGACUCUGUUUCCCUGCGCCCUUUCUUCUCGCUCGAAGGCUUCCACUACUUCGGCGUUUUCGACGGUCACGGUUGCUCACAUGUUGCGACUAUGUGCAAGGAGCGGCUUCACGAGAUUGUGAACGAAGAGAUUCUCGACGGGGACGAGAAUUUUGAGUGGAAAUCGAUGAUGCAGAGCGGCUUCGCUCGCAUGGACCAAGAGGUUUUCAGCCAGAGCCAGGGCAACCAGACUUUCAACUGCAGGUGCGAGCUCCAGACUCCGCACUGCGACGCCGUCGGAUCCACUGCUGUCAUCGCCAUCCUCACUCCGGACAAAAUCGUCGUCUCCAACUGUGGCGACUCCCGCGCUGUCCUCUGUCGUAACGGAGUCGCCAUCCCUCUCUCCUCUGAUCACAAGCCGGAUCGUCCCGACGAAUUGCUCCGUGUGGAAUCCAAAGGAGGGCGCGUGAUUUACUGGGACGGCCCGAGAGUGCUGGGUGUGUUGGCCAUGUCUCGAGCCAUAGGUGACUACUACCUGAAGCCGUUCGUGAUUUCCGAGCCCGAGGUGACGGUGACCGAACGAAGUGAUGAAGAUGAGUGUUUGAUACUGGCGAGUGAUGGACUCUGGGAUGUGGUCUCGAAUGAAACUGCUUGUGGGGUGGUGAAGAUGUGCCUGAAGUCGCAGAAGCCACCAACGCCCCCCGGGUCUCCGGGGGGUUACGUGACGGCAGACGGAUCCGACCGCGCUUGCUCUGAUGCCUCUAUUCUGUUGACUAAGUUGGCUUUAGCAAGGCACAGUGCGGAUAAUGUGAGCGUGGUGGUGAUUGAUUUGAGGAAGGAUCAGGGACUAGCCGCCACUUCCGCCUCCAACUACCUGAACUAA